AUGAUCUUUUUUUUUUGGCUUGUGUCGCCCUUCCGAGAAUUGUCUUAUUUGUCUGUCCUACAGCUUACAAAAAAAACCAAAAAGAUUGGUGUUACCAUAAAAGUGUACACGUUGUUUCGCGUAGAUCUUUCAAGCCAAUACCAUCAAGUCUACAAACAAAAAAGAUUAAAGGUUUACUACUUCCCACACAGUUUUGUAGUAUCCAUAGAGUAUUUACUUUUUGUAGCUUGCCUAAAUUGUCUUGCACCGUUUACUUGGCAUUUUGUUCUUGAUAGGGUAAAUAUAAAGUUAUCUGGGCUGCAGCCAGCGUGUACUAAAUUUUGUAGGGCACAGCAUAUCAAAGAGUCAAGAAAUUCAAAGUACCUUUUAUAA